GUCCUGUGAAUCUACCGCGCCCGCUCUUUCCACCGCCCCACUCUGUCCCUCGACUAGCUUGUGGGCAAUGCUGUUAGCAUCCACUAUCCGUUGCCACAAUCUACCCUUUUAGCUUCAUCAAACUUGCAAAUUUAUGUGGAUGCGGUGGCGGCGCGGCCCGUCGCGACGGCUGGCGCCUUCGCCUCUCCACGCCGCACGCGCCCGGUCGCACGCGCUGCUCGUUGGCCCAAGAAACCCCAACGCCGUCUUGUCGAGCACGCUGCUCCUUCGCAAUCGGCACGAAGGCCCCCCAGCGGACGAGCCUCCAGCGCCGUCGAUCCUCUCCUCGGGCGGGGCAACCACCGCAGCAGCAUCCGAUGCGACGACCAAAAAUGAUCGCACCGCCGAGUUGCUGCGGAGCAUCGCCCGUCGUGGCGGCGGCGCGGUGCGACGCACCCGACCGGACGGAGCCGCCUCGUUGUUCCAUCAUGACGCCUCGUCAGGAAGGAAAGGGGCGGCGAGUCGGCAAAACCCAGAAAGCGCGGCGUCGCCGCUGGCACGUCUGUUCGCCGCACCCCCUCCUCCUCCGGCGGCAUCGCCGUCACGUCAGCAGAUGCCCUUUUCUCCGUCGCCUUCCGCCGUCUCCGCCCCUCCCAUCUCCUCGACUCCCUCUGGUCAAGCGGCCAGCAACGCGCACCCGCAUAUCGCGUCUGACCGGUCACCACCGCCCUCGCGUGCGCUGCUCGUGAAGUUACUCCUCACCAUCCAGCAGGAGAAGCGCGUUCCGUGGGCCACCGUGACGCACCUGCAUCCAGAGGUGUCGUUGAUGCCGCUCUACGCCUCCCGCGACGACUGGUGUGCGCAGAUCGGUGCGUACGGCAGCGCCGCCCCCCGCGCUACCGUCAACUCUGUCAGCUCCGCCGCGCCGCCGCUGUUUCUAUGUGCGGCGCCCACCGGAACCGGGAAGAGCGUGCUGCUACCUCUCUUCGCCAUGGACGCGCACUGGGCACAGCUGGAGCAGCGACUACAAUACACGUUAGACCACUACGACGCACUCGUGCGGGACAACGGCAGCGAAGCCCAACACACGGCAGAAGAAGACUCAGCAACUCGGAAGACGGUGUCGGACACGUCUUCUGCGUUGCGGCCCUUCGCGCUGUCCUCCCAGGCAGCCUUCGUAAGCGAGUUUACCGCGUGCAGUCGGUUGUGCGUUGUGGUGAGUCAACCAACGCGUGUGGCGUGCGCCGAGCUGGCCAGGUACGUCAGCGCCCUACUCGCUGGAGCGGCCCGACCCGCACAGCUCCACGAGGCAGCACAUGCAAACAACCCUAAGUGGGAAGGGGCAGACAAGGAAGAUGGCACACUUCGUCUGCUGAUCGGGAAGCGCGUGGGGUACGCCGUGGGGGGUGAGCCACGCUUCUGUGCGGAGAGCGAGGUCAUCUACGCCACACCAGGCUACCUAUUAAAUGCCCUUCAGCUUUCCUCUCGCACAUCACCUCCGUCAUUUUCUGCUUCUUCAGCAGCAGCAGUUGCAGCUCUGUCACCCACAACGCUGAUGGUGGACGAGGCGCACUGCCGCGAUAUUGAGACGGAUGCGCUGCUGGCGUGGGUGAAGCUAUCCAGGCGCCUCAUCAUCACGCGACACGCCCUGCGUCAGUACUACGUGAUGUCCGCCACCAUGCGUCUGGCGGCGAUGGAUCACUACCUCUCCCGCUCUCCGUCAGCGGAAGCGGAGGAAGACGAUGGAGAGCAGCGUCGCGCGACGGUAGGCGGGAAGGGAGGGCACGAGGCGGGAAGUGACGCCUACCUGCCAAUUCUACUGUUGUCACCGGCACAACGGCAGCACGUACAACAGUGGUGGAGGAGGAGGCGGCACACCCAACAGACACCACCGGCUGCUGCUGUGGCAGCGAUGAACCGUGCACGCAGCAGCCGGCACCAAGGAGACGCACCCUCGACGGAGGACUGGCAAGCGCAGCUACAGCGCGACACACAAACUCGCGCAGCGGUGCUGCAGCUUCUCGAGGCCGCGGAGGGCGAAGUCUGCAACGUAGGCGAUGGGGUUUCUGCUGUGGACAAAUGUGGAAAAGGUGAUGCGGCGGUGGACGACGACGAGGACCGCCUGCCGCAGGGCAUCGUCGUGGCGACGGCACCGUACCGAGUGGAACGCUUCUUCGUGGAUGACCUCGAGCCGGAGCGCGGCUGCUUCGAGCAGUCCCACGUCUUGUUUGACGCGGCGGCGCGGCGUGCGGCGGUGACGAGCGGGCCGCAAAGCAGCCGCAGCGGCCACGACGAGAGCGCACACCACGGAGGCGGCGGUGCGCAGAGCCGACGACCGCGUGUCGCCGCGGUUCGCUUUUCACAGCCGUCCGCCCGUCCGCUGCCGCUCUGUCUGACCGACGAAGGCAGAGCCCUGCGGCAGCACCUCGCGCAAACCUUCAGCACCCGCCCUUCGUCCUACAACCUCUUCGUCGGCCAGUCCCGCCUUUUAGCGUCGUUUGUGCUGGAAGUGAUGCAGGCCGCACGUCAACGGUGGGUGCCGUCGUCGUCGUCAUCGUCGUCUCGGUCCGUCUUCUCCACCUCCACGGCGGAUGCUCCAGCUGGGUCCGUCACCCACGACCCUUCGUCUACUUCUUCUUCUGUAUCUGAAUUAGCAAGGAGGGGGGCGGAGGCACGCGCGACGGCGCCGGUGACUGUUCUACUCUUCGUGGCGGGCAUCUCAGAGAUGCAUCAGCUCCUGCAGUCCCUCGAGCGGCUCUGCGAGAAGGUGCAGCAGCAGCAGCAGCAGUUCGACUCCGGUAAUGCGCACAGCACGUCGAAGACACCGGUGGAUAUUCUACGCAGCGGCAGCGAGGUCUUCUCUGUCGGUCUGCUGCACUCCUCCGCUGUGGGCAACCCGCAGGAGCAGCUGACUGCGACCGAGCAGACCGGGGCGCCGCUGCGGCUGCUGCUCGCCACCAACGUCGCGGAGAGCUCGCUGACGAUCGCGAAUACGCGGGUGGUGAUCGACACGUGCUUGGAACGGCGCGCGUUGGCGGACGAGACAACGGGCACGACACGGCUGCAGACGGCGUUUGUGUCACCUAGUGGGCUACGCCAGCGGUGUGGGCGGGUGGGGCGCACCGCGGAUGGAGUUGUGAUACACAUGGCCCCCCGUCAUUACGUGCUGCCACCGGCGGAGCGGACGAUGAAGGUGGGUGGUGAACUCACUGCUCCAGGGCAUACACAGGCCGGGGAUCACGCACAAAGCGCCACCCUGGCCUUGGAGCCGCUCGAGGACGGCGUGGUGACGGUGCUGCUGCACGUGAAGUACUUCUUUCCAAACGUGGCGGCUGCGUUGGCGGCGCUGCCGUCGCCACCGACUGCUGCAGAGGUGCGCGUGGCCUUGCAGCAACUCGUGGAUAUGGAACUGCUCGUUCUGCCGGAGGUGACCUCCACGCAGAAGACCGACAAAGAAGGAAAGGAGGAGGAGAGCCAUUGCACAGGUGAUGACAACGGAACAGCAGAGCAGCGGAAAGGCGGUUCUUCUCUGGCCUAUCUGCUCAAUCAGAGCAGCUUCACCACGAAAGGUCUCCUCGUCGCCAGCCUCCCCCUGCCCUACGAGCACGCCUCCCUCGUCUACCACGCCUUUCAGUUCCUCUGCGUGGAGGACGCCGUGUUAAUGGCGUGCGCCAUGGCCGUCCCUUCCCUCUUCGCCGUGCCGCGCGUCACCGCACACAGCUUGGUGCGCAUCGCGGCGCGGAAGCUGACGAAUUCUGAUUUUACCUGGUCGCACACGCCGGCCGACGCGAAGCCGGCGUUGUCGCCGCUGGAGAGCUUUUAUAAGCGCUUGUGGGUCCAGCGCGAUCUUGCCGGCUUCAGCUGUCCCAGCCUCACGAUGGAUGCCCGGGAUCGGCACAACAGCAAAGAUGCGAAAGCUGGAUUGGACGGCGCGGGUCGUGUCGGGCACCUGAGUGAGCCGCUGCUGCUGCGCGCCGUCCUGCGGCGGUGGUACGCGCUGUCCUCCGUCACCGACGCGGGCCCGAUGCUGAGCCACUUCAGCCUCAACCGAUCCGCGCUGCGACAGGUGGACUGCAUGGUGGGGCAGUGCUGCAGCCGGCUCAUUUCUUUGCUGCUGCCGCUGCAGCGACGGCACGGCACGGCGCUCAACGAAAACGGCCUCGCUGACGACGCGGUCGGUGCGGAGGGCGAGGGCGAGGAGAAGGACUUCGGCUCGUAUGUGUGCGCCUCUACGUCAUCUACAACGCUGCCGUUUGUGGAGGACUGGUCUGACGGCCUGCAGGAGCAGCUGCUGCGCUCGCUGCGCCGCCUGCGACGCGCCGCGCACAGUCGCGUGCAGCUCCGUCAGUCCGUCCACCGCUACCGGGCCGGGUUGCCGCAGUGGUACGACAGCGAAGACCGCUACAUCCGUCUGUGCAGCCGGCCGUACGUGCGUAACGCGACGCCGCAGCAACAGCCCCGUUACCCCCCGCACACGCGACGGCUGCGGCAACAGCGGCACACGAAAAUGACGAUAAGUGAUAGGCGGAAAACGGGCGGUGACGAAACGGUAGCAGAGGACAAGGACGUAGAAGGCGAAGGCGAAGGCGCCGAGCAGCAGCGGGAACAGCAGCAGGCGGUGCGCCGGCACCCCUCCUUCGCCUACUGGGGACCUCCACCGCAGCAGCCAGACAACGGUGGUUCAUCGUCAUUAUCAGUAGCGCAACCUUACCCUUCACUUGUCACGAGUGAGGUGCGCCUUAUUGGAAAAACACCGACGACUACCGGGGCAUCGGCCGCCUCUCUCGCCGUCGCUCCACCGCCUAUUCAGACACGCCUCAACCGCGCACGCAGCCCCGUUUAUCGGCCCCCGCCGCCACCGCCUGUCAUGCCGUCCGUUGCCUUCCUACUGGGUCGUACGGAGGAUCGCCUCUGCGCCGCCUUCGUCGCCGCCUUUGGCCACCGCACGCUGCGUGGCGAGGACGGCGGACAUCGCUUCCACCAUCGGCGGCUCGUGCGGAACUUACAGGCACUGCAGCAGGACCCUGAUCACGUCUGUACGUUUCACAUCGACGUGCAGGCGUCACCGCAGCUGGCGUUGUCAGGUGCAGACGCACCCGCUGACGACGGCGGACGCCGCCGUGGUGGAGCAGGCAAGACGGCGCGUGCAGGGCCGCUGUCGCACACGUCAUCGAUGUCUUAUGAAGACCUGGCAGCCGCAGGAGUCACCCCGCACGACAUCCGUGCCGCUCUCGAGUCCUACUUGGCCGGCGCGGGUCUGCAGCAGGUGGAGGUCUUUCAAAGCAAUCGCCUCGCAGUGGCGGCGCGCUUCGCAUCGAGUGGGUUUGACGGGCUGCAGCUGCGGUCGACCGGCACGACGAGUACGUCUGUAGUGGAUAAAGCGGUGGAGGGGGACGAGGCAGAGGCAGACGCCGUCGACGCCAACUUUAGCGACGCGGCAGGCCGGCACGUAUGGCCUUCAGGCACUGCGCAAAGGCCUGACUACAGCAGCACCUGCGCCGCUGAUGAAGGCACUUCGGUGUCGACAGUGGGAGCAGAAGAGGCACCAGCUGCAGCAGCAACAGCAGCGGGCAGCGGUGCCACUCCUACUGAAGACCUGAGUGCAGCCGACCUGCUCCGGCCGAUUCCACUGUCAUCCAUGCGAGUAAAGACCUCAUUGGCACGUCAACAAGAACUCCAACAAGAACAGAACGCAGAUCACGAAGGCGGCGCAAUCCCCUUGCGGCAUGCGAGCAGCCAUCCCUCACCGAGUCCAACAGAAAGGGUCCCCGCCGGCAACCCCUACGUGCAGCUCGCACCCUUCGGCGCGAGUUUACUCAUCGCGGCGGUAUCCGGCAGCGGCGGCGGAGGCGGUGGCGGCGUGGGUGGACUCCAGCGGCUACCGCUGCGCGUCGCAGCACCAGCGCGAGUUUCCCCGACGCUCACCUCUUCGUCAGACAAUACGGCCGCGCUUGCUGCCGCAAACACUUCAUCUGCAUCAACGACACCCGAAACAGAAGCAGAGGCGAAGCACACAACGCACGCUGCCCCAGCUGACCUGCGCCAUUCUGCAGCCGCACUCGUCCCGCGUGGUCCGCGCUUUUCCAACGAGGCCUCAGCUGGCGCGUCGGUGUCGUGGACCGACACCGCUGGCACCUGUAGCCGAUCGUUGAAGCGAGACGACUGCGCCGCCCUCGGGCUGGCCGAUUUAUUUCCCUCGCCCGUCCCGCCUCCAUCGCCCUCCAUCGACGCUGCCCACCGUAGCAGCGAGAGCGACCGGGGAGACGGGGGUCACACCGACCUCCCGAGUUCACUCGCCGACUCUGUGCCUUGUGUGUCGGCGCCGCCUCCGUCAGUCCUCACGCUGAGCGUCGUGCCUCCCGUUUACACAGCGCGGAGUGUUAUGUGGAAGGUGCCGUUGGCCACCGCCAUCACCCUCGCACCCCCGACAGCAUCGCCCAGAACGCGGCGCAGCAAGGAGGGUGCAGAUGCAGCUGCUAGGAGCUUCCCCUCCCAUCAGCGUGCGUCCCGUACCUCCCUGCAGUACUGCGUUCUCUGCCAGCGCCUCUGCGGAAGCCGGCGCAGCUUUGAACAGCACUGCCGUUCAGGGUCGCACUUGGAACAUCUUUAUCAGGCAGUGGCACUGGGGCUGACGCGCCUUCAGCUGGAGCAGCUCUACGGCUACGCGUCCGCACAGGCAUGGCAGGGAAACGACACGAUCAACGCGGAGACCACCGCACCGUCCUCCUCGCUUUCGGCCCUGGCCGAUGCCGCCAUGCCGCUCCUGUCUCUCCUAUCCCUCGACAGCAGCCACAGAGCCAGCUCUGCCGCGUCGAGUCGGGCCCCACCUCGUCUGCUUGCGCAGCAAAUACAUCCCUGCGUUAUUCACCCGCUUUCUUUUUUGAACUGCCUGCAGUGGACGCCACGACGCACCACGGCGCCAUCAUCUUCGAUAUCCGCCGUUGCACCUUCCCCCUUCGCUGCUGCUGCUGCCAAUGCUGGUGCCGGUUCUGGUUUUGCGGAGGUGGGGAACGAGGAGGCGGACCGCGCCACUCCGCUGGCGGUCGCCGGCAGCCUUAUGGCGAUGCAAACCACUCUGGAUAUUAUCCCCCCCGCCCACCAGCGCAGGCACCCCUCCUCUUCCUCCUUCGGCACUGCGCAGACGGCAUCUGCACUGCGUGCCAACGGUGGAAGCCGCACGUCGGGAAGUGCGCCCGUCGAUGAGGAUGCGGCGCUGCCCUCCCCUGCUACGGUUGCCGCCUCCACCCUCUCUGUGCACCACGUUUGGGUGCUGGACGUGUCGAGCCGAUGCGGCCCCCCGUCGGCACCGUCCCCGCCCCCCAUGUCGCUGCUGUUUGUCAUCGCCGGCUACCUCGCCGCGGCCUCGCCGCAAGCGAUGGUAGCCCUUCUCUUCAACGCCACCCACAGCGAUCUGCACGGGGUGAUGCUGUACGGCCUGGGCGUGUGGAAGCUUCCAGAGCCGCUGCCGAUGCGCAAAUACGCUGGGGUUCUGGAACACAUCGGCAGAGGCGGGGGAUGGCCCGGGGUGCUCGUCCCGGUGGGUGGUCGAGAGCCGCCACCGCGACAACAGCAGCUGCGCACACACGAUGGUCUUCAUUGGUGUGUGCCGACGGGUGUGUGUCAGGCGUGUGCGCCGUCGGCCGUCGCUGCGAGCUCGGUGGCGCCCCCAGCAGGCACGCCCCCAUCAGCCAUUGGCACCAGCACCGUGGACGACCUGCAGAAGCACUGGCCGACGGUGGAGGCCACCAUUCUCCUCACCCUGCACGAGUAUCUCCACGCGCAACGCAACAUGGUGACACUCGCCGACUACGUCGAGCGCGUCCUGUGUAAGCUGCAACUCUCACCGUUUGUUGCCGCUUCGGCGUCCUCAGCGACCACCAUCACCACCACCAGGUCUGCUACCGCUGCCCGCUUGCUGGCGCACUUCAUGACGCACGCGCGAAGCGGGCAGGGCAUUCAAUCUCUCCUGCGCGACGUCGGCUGCCUCUUCCUCACGCCGCCCCACGCGCUGAGCGCUCUCCUCCGCACCGACGUGGCACCGGCCGCUGUCCACGUCACGGGCGAUCGUAGCGGCGAUAGCGGCGGUGACCAAAUACACGGUGGAAGUUGUUCCAGUACAGAAGGCCGCCGGAGUGCGGCACGGACGACGCGUGUGGCCGUAAGGGAGGAUGGCAGCUCCCUCUCAUCCGAUGCGUCCUCGGCCUGGUCGAAGCGGCUCAGUCAACGUGCCCUCGCUGCGGAGGGGGCCACCAUCGAGCUGAUGUUUACGGUGCCGCCUGCCCUGCCGUCGCUGCUGCCACCGGUGGACUUCGCCGACCGCCUUCGCUCAUUUUACGAGGCGCGGCACGCGGAGCGGCGGCGGCGGCGAGCGAAGGAAGACACGACGCCCACAACGACCGACGGCCGAAGCGUGAAUGGCAGCAGUACUGCGCAACCGACGCGUGGCGCGGCGGGGCAUCCAUGGCGGUCGAGACGGCGCGUUGGCGGUGACAAGUGGGAUGAUCGGAUGAUGUUUUAG